AUGAAGGGUGUUAUGAGAUUUGGAAAGAAAGAAAAAUUAAGCCCACAUUUUGUAGGACCUUUUCCAAUUGUCAAGCGUGUAGGAAAUAUGGCUUAUGAGUUGUCGUUGCUUGAAGAGAUGUCUGCUAUUCAUAAUGUCUUAAGGAAACAAAUACCAGACCCUGAUCAUGUGUUAAAGCCACAGACCAUUCAGGUUCAAGAUGACCUUAGUUAUGAGGAAAAACUAGUAGAAAUGCUUGACCGUACAAUGAAGAAGCUUCACAACGAGGAAAUUUCACUAGUAAAUGUUUUAUGGAAAAAUAAUAAAGUAGAAGAGCAAGUAUCUGCUGCCAUUUCUCAGGGACUGGCCGAGGAUUCUAGCCCUGCACAUCAUCUUUAG